GCCUAGAAAUUACUAUCCCACUCUGUCCAUCCUAUAAAUACACCCAUCUUCUAUCAAACUUUAAUCAUAACAGAGACACAAAUAAUAAUCUGAUAAGUAUAUCUGACAGCUACAAACAUCCGAAUUCAAUCAUCAAAAAUCAUAUCUUUGAAAACAUGUCGAUCAUUCCAAGUUUCUUAAGCGGCAGGAGGAGCAAUGUGUUCGACCCAUUCUCCCUAGACAUCUGGGACCCCUUUCAGGGCAUCUCCAGCACCCUCAGCAACCUUCCCGAGUUUUCGCAAGAAACCUCAGCGAUCGCAAAUGCCAAAAUUGACUGGAAAGAGACACCGGAAGCUCAUGUGUUCAAGGCGGAUGUACCCGGGCUGAAGAAGGAAGAAGUGAAGGUGGAGGUUGAGGAAGGAAGGGUGUUGCAAAUUAGCGGUGAGAGGAGCAAAGAAAAUGAAGAGAAGAAUGACAAGUGGCACCGGGUCGAGAGAAGCUCUGGCAAGUUCUUUAGAAGGUUCAGGCUGCCCGAGAAUGCGAAAAUGGAUCAAGUCAAGGCUACCAUGGAGAAUGGGGUGCUUACCGUGACCGUGCCAAAGGAGGAGGUCAAGAAGCCAGAAAUCAAGUCCAUUGAUAUCUCCGGCUAAUCAGUCUUUGGAAAAUGAGGUUUGUUAUGAGAUAAUGUACUGGUUUGUUGAUGUGUGUUUUGUAAGCUUAUAUGCUUGUACGCUAUUUGUGGUUUUGGCUUGAAUAAAAGAAGUUUCUUAUUAUUUUUUGUUUAA